UCGCGCGCACAGCCCUCCCUCCGUGGCACGCGCGCGCGCUAUCUCCAGUUCAAACUUUGUCCGGAAAGGAAGCAAGGACGGAAGGAAGGAAGGAAGGAGGGGGCCACGCAUUAAGGAAGUAGGAAGUAGGAGGGAAGGAAAGGGUUUUUCGGCGGGACGGGAGCCCGCGAAGGAGACGUGUUGGCGGGAUGAGACGGCGCCGCGCGCUGACAGUUCGGCGCGCACACUGCGGACGUGCGAGGAGGGGAUGUUAGCGCGGGGAUGUUAGCGCGAUUCUCGAAUGUUCCGUCUUCGUCUCGUUGAUCCCCGCGGACCGCCGGGACCCCGCCCGGAUCAGCAGCUCGCCAGGAAGACGCUCUGAGACGCCCCGCCGGCUGCUCGUCAAGGACGCACCGGAGUGGCCCCGGGACCACGUCCGUGGAUUGUAAAUGGAGUCCCUUGUCCGUCCUGGUCCUGGUGGACAGACCUUGUGGGACUGAGGACCGCCGAACCCCCUUCCCGCCACCACCUGCAGCCUGGCGGGAAUUUAAGUCGGCAAGAUUCCACUCCUCGAUGACGGCCACUGACGGACAGCUGGACGAGCCAAUGAGGUCCUUCUGUCAACCGUAGUCCCGCCCCCACGGGUUUCUCCCUGUCCAGUGAGAAGAGGACGCCCCCACUUGUUAUUGACCGACGUCAUCAUCAUGGAGGCGACGUCCCCGCUCCUCCUCCUGGUCUUCGUGGCGGCGUCCUGGCUCCUACCGCUGUGCUCGGCGUCCAUGUUGUGUCCCAAACGCUGCACGUGUCAGAACCUGCUGCCCUCUUACACAGUGCUGUGCGCCAAGACAGGCCUGCUCUUUGUCCCGCCGAACAUCGACCGCCAGACGGCCGAGCUGCGUCUCAUGGACAACUUCAUCACCACGCUGAGACACCGCGACUUCGCCAACAUGUCCAGCCUGAUCCAUCUGACGCUGAGCAGGAACACCAUCAGUCAGAUCCGACCGUUCACCUUCGCCGACCUGCAGGACCUCCACGCCCUCCACCUGGACUCCAACCGCCUGACCACGCUGGACGACGCCCACUUCCAGGGCCUGGUCAACCUGAGGCACCUGAUCCUGGCCAACAACCAACUCCACAGCAUCUCCCAAGGAGCGUUCCAGGACUUCUUGGAUACUCUGGAGGACUUGGACCUCAGCUACAACAACCUGGUGGAGGUUCCUUGGGAGACCAUCUCCCUGCUGGUCAGCGUCAACACGCUCAGUCUGGACCACAACUUGAUCGAGAACGUUCCUGAGGGAAUCUUUUCCAAUUUGCACAAGCUGGCCAGACUGGACAUGACGUCCAACAAGCUGAAGAAGAUUCCGCCCGACCCGCUCUUCCUGCGCAUUCCAGUCUACGCCAAGAUGAAGGGCUCGCCGCUCAGCGCGCUGGUGCUGAGCUUUGGCGGGAACCCGCUGCACUGCAACUGCGAGCUGAUGUGGCUGCGGCGGCUGACCCGAGAGGACGACUUGGAGACUUGCGCCUCCCCCAAAGACCUGGCUGGAAAAUACUUCUGGACAAUCCGAGAGGAGGAGUUUGUGUGCGAGCCGCCUAUGAUCACGCGCCACACGUCCAAGAUGUUUGUGAUGGAAGGCCAGGAGGUCAGCCUGCGCUGUAAGUCCAUCGGAGACCCGGAGCCUUCCACGCACUGGGUCAGCCCCGAAGGGAAGCUGAUGGGGAACACUUCCAGAACCGUCUGCUACGAGAACGGCUCCCUGGACAUCCUCAAGGCCUCCGUCAAGUUCACCUGCAUCGCGUCCAACGCGGCCGGCGAGGCCACGGCGCCCGUGGAGCUGGUGGUCAACCCGUCGCCGCACUACGACCCCAAACUGGAGGCCGACCCCGGGCCUUCGGACGCCACGUCAUCAAGUCCAACAUCAGCGGCGGGCAGGCGCGCUCCGACCAGCAGCGGGGUCAGCGUCUCCGACCUCACGUCUAGCUCCGCCCUCAUCAGGUGGCCCCCGCAGAACCACAUUCCAGGCGUGCGCAUGUACCAGGUCCAGUACAACAGCUCGGCCGACGACAUCCUCAUCUACAGGUGA